CCUGCGCCUGUGUUUUCUGCUGGCCGAUGGACUUUUCCAUUGCUUGUGCUUCAGUACCUGGAUGCGGUCGCAGCAGGAUGAUUGGCUUGGCUUGCAGAGCAUUUGUUUCUAAUCUCCGGCUUGUGACACCCUAGCAAAAAGGGGAGACCCUUUCAGGAGCAGCUCCACAGGCUAGAAAGAGGGGAAAUGGCUGGUGAACGGCUGUGAUGAAAUAUUUCCUAGUUUUGGACAUGACCUUCACCACCACAAUGAAUCAGGAAAAACCUGUCAAAUCCUCCUAGCUCCCUGGCUGUGCAAUUUGCUGUUCCCUUGCUGCUCACCAGACAGCAGAUCUUCCCACCCAAAACACAGAAGAAGGCAGCAAGUCACAAAUGACAGCUGAAAAGUGAAGCAUUAUCAAAACUUGUGUGAGACUCUGUCAAAGAGAAAAAUUAUUAGAAAACAUUAUAGAAACAUUAAAUUAUAUAGUAAUUCUCCUGAGCCUGGGAAGCUGUGUAUCCCAUCGGUUCCAAAGAACAGAGAGAAGAUAUGUUCAAGUAACCAAUACCAGAAAUUGAACAAAUCAAUACAUAUAGUAGAGUAUCUACACACAGUGAUCUACAGCAUUUAGAAAUCUCCAUUCAGAAUGGAUGAUGGGUAUAGAAACACAAACCUCUACCAAGGAGGCAGAGAGGCAAACCAAGUCUCAGAUGACUACAGGUACCAGGAUGGUAACUAUGAAGGGUACGCACCCAAUGACGGCUACUAUCACGGUGGGGAUGAGCCCGCUCAUGAAGAAGAUGCCCAGAGUGAUGUUACAGAAGGCCAUGAUGAAGAUGAUGAGGUCUAUGAGGGGGAGUACCAAGGGAUCCCGCAUCCAGAUGACAUUAAAGAAAAGCAGAAGAAGCGAGCUCCUGCUGUGGCUGAUGAGUACAGAGACCGUGCUGACCUUAUGGCAGAGAGGAUGGAGGACGAGGAGCAACUUGCACACCAGUAUGAGAACAUCAUUGAGGAGUGUGGCCAUGGACGCUUCCAGUGGACCCUCUUCUUUGUUUUAGGAUUAGCACUGAUGGCAGAUGGGGUGGAGGUGUUUGUGGUUGGAUUUGUUCUUCCCAGUGCUGAGAAGGAUAUGUGCUUAUCCAGUUCGAACAAAGGGAUGCUAGGCUUGAUAGUCUACUUAGGAAUGAUGGUGGGGGCUGUCAUGCUGGGCGGCCUCGCUGAUAAACUGGGAAGAAAGAAAUGCCUCAUCAUAUCACUCACAAUCAAUGCUGCCUUCGCAUUCCUCUCCUCCUUCGUCCAGGGAUAUGGAUUCUUCCUCUUCUGCCGCCUUAUCUCAGGCCUCGGUAUUGGGGGAUCCCUCCCCAUUGUGUUUGCCUAUUUCUCCGAAUUCCUAUCUCGUGAGAAGAGGGGGGAACACCUGAGCUGGCUUUGCAUGUUCUGGAUGAUUGGUGGCAUUUUUGCUUCAGCAAUGGCAUGGAGCAUCAUCCCACAUUACGGCUGGGGGUUCAGUAUGGGAACCAAGUACCACUUCCACAGCUGGAGAGUCUUUGUACUCGUCUGCUCUCUGCCCUGUAUCGCCUCCCUGGUGGCACUGAAAUUCAUGCCUGAAAGCCCGCGUUUUUUGCUGGAGAUAGGUAAACAUGAUGAAGCCUGGAUGAUCCUCAAGCAUGUUCAUGACACCAACAUGCGGGCCAAGGGCGAGCCAGAGAGGGUGUUUACGGUUUCCUAUAUCAAGACUCCGAAGCAAGUAGAUGAAUUUAUUGAAAUCCAGAGCUCAACAGGUACCUGGUACCAGCGGUGGCUGGUCAGAAUUACGACCACUUUCAAACAGGUCUGGGACAACGUGCUAUAUUGUUUAACAGCCCAGUACAGGAUGAACACACUGAUGCUGGCUGUGGUUUGGUUUACAAUGGCCUUAAGUUAUUAUGGCCUUAUUGUCUGGUUCCCUGACAUGAUCCGGUAUCUCCAAGAAGAGGCAUAUGAAUCCCGAGUGAAGAUCUUUGAUGAGGAAGAAGUGUCACACUUCACAUUUAAUUUCACCUUGGAAAACCAAAUCCAUAGAAAUGGGGAAUACAGAAAUGACAAAUUUAUUGGCAUGAAAUUCAAGGAAGUGAGAUUUGAGGAUUCACUCUUUGAGGAAUGCUACUUUGAAGAUGUGACAUCCAGCGAGACCUUCUUCGAAAACUGCACCAUCAUCUCUACUGUCUUUUAUAACACUGAUCUCUACGAACACAAAUUCAUCAACUGCAGGCUGAUAAACAGCACAUUUCUGAAGGAGAAGGAAGGCUGUCACCUGGACUUUGAGGAGGACAAUGAUUUCCUGAUCUACCUGGUCAGCUUCCUGGGCAGCCUGUCUGUGCUGCCAGGGAACAUCAUCUCUGCAUUACUCAUGGACAAAAUAGGGAGGAUAAAGAUGAUCGGUGGCUCAAUGUUGAUCUCGGCAGUGUGCUGCUUCUUUCUCUUCUUUGGCAACAGCGAGUCGGCAAUGAUCGGCUGGCAGUGCCUCUUCUGCGGGGCCAGCAUUGCUGCCUGGAAUGCCCUAGACGUGAUCACUGUGGAGCUCUACCCCACUGACAAAAGGGCAACGGCCUUUGGCAUCCUCAAUGGGCUUUGCAAGUUUGGGGCCAUCCUGGGGAAUUCAAUCUUUGCCUCCUUCGUAGGGAUAACCAAGGUGGUUCCCAUCCUUCUGGCUUCCUCUGCUCUGGUUGGAGGUGGCUUGCUCGCUUUGCGCCUGCCAGAGACUCGAGAACAGGUCCUGAUGUGAGCACCUGAGGCCGGGGGGUUGGGAGGCGGAUGUAGAAGAACAACAAAAAAGAGCCAUGUUCGGAAAAAUCAAAAUAUCCAUUUCUAUACUGUUCUGUCGAUACCUCAAAGAGAGAGGGCAGAGGGAAAGAAAAGCCCAAAGGGAUAAAAAUGAAACCCCUAGUUUCUGACCCUUUUACAACCACAACUGGUGCAUGCAGCUACUAUACACCCCUUGCAGAGCUCGGGUUUAACCUUGCCAACGCUGGGAGUCUACCCUUUCCCUCUCCAUCCCAGUGUAACGACACAGCACGCGAACGGUGGCUUUGUGCAUGUGUGCGCCUGCGUGGGUGUGAGCAUGUCUGACGGGAGAACAGAUCCUGACCCCCUCAUGCCUUUGCCGAGCUGCCAGAUACUGCCUGCCUUGCCCAGCACUCCUUGGCAAUUCAUAUCAGCUGUGCUCAGACUCAAGGGGCAUCCGAAGGGGAGGCAGGUGACAAACCCACUGUAGGUGAGCUCCAGCAGUAGGGACAACAGCUACAAAUGUGACUAGUGACCCUAGCUGUCUUGGUUUCGGGGCUACCACCUGAACUACCUGAAAAAGUGAGAGAGUCCUGAUUUCUGGAGGAUAUGAGGGCGAGUGCUCGGCUCCCUCAGAAGAAACAGGGUUUCAAAACCCUUUACUGUCUUCACAUGGGCAUAGAGAAUCACUAGGCACCUUCUUGGUCUGGGAAAGAAAUAUAUACAGAAUUUUAUAUAUAUAUAUAUAUAUGUAUGUAUGUAUUUACACAUACUUGCAAACGUACAUACACACAUUGAAGUGAUCAGCUAUUGAAAGUUACAAUUUUUUAAUUUCUGCACCCUUAAGAAGAUCUUAAGAGAAACACUAAAAACUAACCCCACUACUUCAAGAUUAUCUGCAGUCAUGACCAACUUAGUGACACUUCAUUCUUUAUAUCCAGACACCAAAUAUUUAAAUGCAUUGAUGGCUGGGAAUAUAUAUUUCUAUGAUGAUUAAGAGGUUUUUUCCUACAACUUUCACAGAGGACAAAUUGAUAUGAUGUUGGAGCAUUCCACAAACCAAAUGUGUACAUAUUAUCCAGUGUAAAUAGAGGAUUUUUUGUCUAAUACCUAGAGUAUGGUAACUGUGAAUUUACCAGCAUUUUAGCCAUAUUAUUUAAAGAAUAUGAUGCUUGAUUUUCUUAUAUACUUGGGUCUCAUUGAAGCACUGUAAGCACAGUUACUUAAAGCCAUUUAACUUGUUACACAGGGAAUGCACACAGCGAGCUUUCACUGUACAGAACAUUAAAUUCUCCAUUAAGUGGCACAGUUAAGUUUGAUAUCCUGUAAAGACCAUUUUUGAAAUUCAUGCGCCCUUUUUAUCAUAUGAGUUAAAUUCUGUUGCAUCUAGAAGCAAAGCAAGUUGUGUAUUUUUGGAUGUACUUUCUUGGGAAGCACGAAUGAAAUGCGUACUGUUAAAUAACACACCAAUGCUCACAAUUGACUAGAUAGCACUAAUUAUACCCUUGCAACAAGCUCAGCAAUAGACCAGAAUUGAUUGAAAACUUGUCACAUAGUGCAGGGAAUUUGUCUCACCAGGAUAUUUUCUGACAUAAAAAUUUCUUUUGUACUUUUGCUAAUGAUCUUCCUACUUACCUUUCUUUGGAUCCGCCCCCCCUUUUUUUUCCUUCCUUUUUUUUCUUUCUUUUUUUUUUCCUUCUUUUUUCCUUCUUUUUUUUUUUUUUUUUUUUUUUUUUUUUUAAGAAAAACACGCAGGGCUAGGCUGAAAUCCAGCAGGAUUGAAGUCUAACACCUCUACCUUCAGCUGCACAGAGACAGUCAGAUACACUAAGAGCUGACACCAGGGCCAGCCCCACACAACUGUGGGAGUCAGUGUCGGUGCUGCUGCAGAGGACAGCUGAAGGACACAGAGCGUGGUUAGAUUACAAGAAGCAAAUCCUUGCCAAUGAGGCAAAACCCCAUAAUGAGCAUCACUUUUUUCAUUGUGUCAAUCAGGGAUAAAUGCUUAUGGAGCAGCUAGGCUACAAUGGGCUACUUGGGAUUUUUGAGAUUUAUUCUGAGGUUUAUGAAAUUGAUAAAAUCACAAGCUGCUGUAAUAACCAAGCUUAUUAUGCCUCAUUUCUUCAUUUUAUGGGUAGCUUAGGGCCUUUUUUUGAUUUGUCUUCAAAACAGCAAGGUUCCUUCUCUAAGGUAGGAGUGAAUGUAAUUAUGUCCUUUGGCAGUGGUUCACAGCUUCUGUUGAGAAUUACAGCCCAGAAUGUGGCAGGUUUUUUUCCUUGUAGAAUGUCUGGUCCUUUUGCAUGGUGAGAAGCAGUUAAAUAUGUAUUUCAACACAAAAGAUCACCAUAGUCUUUACGCUUCAUCCAUUUUGUUGGGCCGUGCAUGCCAGUUAUAUUGCAUUUGGGGAAAAAAAGUUUGUUUCAUUUUCUGGACUAUUCUGUUGUGUUGCUCUGUGGAGCGAGGAUUUAUUUUAUGAAGCACUCUUAGUUCCAUAUCUAUCCAGUACUCUGACAGCAAACCUGACUAUUCGUGUUCACUGACGUUGUACAGUGACACUAAUGACAGCAUUUAUUUUUCAAAAUUUCUUUGUUAAUUUUCGGAGAAGGAAGAAAUCGAGGUCUUGAGGAGAUAGAAAUGAUAAGGUAAUAUCAGGAAGUGUUAUCCAAUCUUAGAAACCUUUCUUCAUUACAGAAUGGCUCUUUCACAGGCUGCUAAACCUCACCUUUGAGAGAUUAGCUGGGACCAGGUAAAGAGCAAUAGGAUCUUGUUUUCAAUGUCACCCAGGCUACCCACAUGGCUGUAGAAACUCUGCACCCCUAAAAUGCAUGAGUGAGUCACCGGUGGGCUAGCGGACAAUGCACAUGUGUCAUGACCAGGCUCCUAUUCCUGACACCUCACCAGGGAGUUCAUGACCUAACACAAAAGUGCAAACACACGCUGCAGCUGGUACCCAAGGGCCUGGGAAAGGACAAAAAUGAACAGAGAAGGAAGAAAGGAAAUGCAAAGGGGAAACCGUAUCGCCUAGCCUUAGACACCUACGAGUUAGAUGUCUGGAUAGGAACUCAUCACCCCGGGUUCCCGUUAUUCUCAGUUGAAAGGCAUAGGCAAUAUACGUGACCACUCUUAGGCACCAUGCUGAGAAGAAGAUGGAUUGUCCUGGAUGGCCCUGCUCCUCUCCUUCCGUAACAGAGAAAUCCAGGGCAACGGCUCCAGCUCAGGCAUUUGCCUUUGUGACACCUGGGCUGAUGGCUCCCAUCCAAAUUCGGUGUGCACAAGGCUUAGUCAAUACUCCUGAUGUGUUUGUUUUUUGUCCUUGUCACGGUCUAUGUCAGUGUAGGCUUCACACUGCUGUUCUCCAGAGCAAAAUGGUUGAUGGGUGCAGUCCCCUCAGCACUGGCUCUGUUUUGGUUUGGGUCUCGGCUUCAAGCCGUGGGCUACCUGCUAGGCUGAGCCUGAGCCACAGAGCCCUGGAGCACAGUGCAGGGGGAGAUUUCUCAUCAGGCACCUCCUCUGAUGGCUCAGCUUUAUUUCUACUGUAAAAUCAGCAUUACACCUGCAGUGCAAGGGACAGCAUGCCUCCUCCAUUGGUUCCCACUGCCUGUGUUUGCCACAGUGAACAGUCUCCUUGCCUUGGAUAUGCUGGACCAUCUACAGAGAAAACUGCUGACCGCGUGUCCACUGAUGAUCUCUGCAGAGCACUAUUUCCUCGGAUUCAUGAACUUCAUUGCAAUGGGGCACAGAGGACCAAGACAGGGGACUUGCCUUAAAUCCCAAAGACCUCGUCUAGAGGACAGCUGGACUGCUUCAUGCAUAUGUGGCACACCAGUACAGCCACUUAGCCAGGGACUUUAUGGCGUGGGAAAGGUGGGUCUGGGGAACCCAAACUGGCCUGCUGUGACUUAAUGUCUUUCACUGUACAGCAGUGUAAUGGGGGUCACAGGGGGAAUGCAUUACUGAGUUUCUGAGCAUGCAGAAACAGACAUUCAGAGGAGCACAAAGCACUGUUGAUAUUAUUAUGAAAGACUAGUGGUAUUACGGUAAGAGUUCUGCCUCCUUAUAUUCCCUGUCGAUUUUACUCGUUGUUGUAUACCUACUCCUUUACUUCAGAUGUGCAGGACAGCUCCUGCCACUGCCUUUGGCUCUGCUGCAUCCUACUGGUGGUGGCUGCAGCUUGGGCUGGGUGGGGUGAUCCCCUCCUUGCCCAUAUGAUCCUCAUCCCCGUGAAAUGCUAUGUGACUUAUAAACAGUGGUGUGCAGAUCUUUUGGACUAAGAAAAGGGUCACUCUUGGAAAACCCAUAUCCAGAGCCAGAUGUUCUGCACACUGGGGAGUGGUCAGGCAGCCCGAUGUCCUUAGGUGAUACUGGAGAGGUGCACGGAGGGAUAUUCUCUGAGCCUGGGAGCGGUCCAGCCCCAAGGCUGGGUUCACACAGGGGCACAGAGCAAGGCUGCACAGAGCUGAGCUUUCUGCAGAUGCGCAGGUCUCUUCGAGGUCCUGCUUUGAGACCUCCAACAACAGACUAUACUCUGAUACUGUUAAGGAGGCCCUAGGUGCAUUUAUGUUCCCUGCUUAUGUCCUUCGACUUUCCAAAGGACACACAAAACCUGAGAGUAUAUUUUUAGGUUUAUGUCGAUUGGAGCCCUAUACAUUAUAUUUCCAUCAAGUUUCUCCCUCAGUUUCUCACCCUCGUAUUAGCAAAUGCUGCUUUUAGGAAGAAUCAAGCCUGGGAACUGCAAAAGAAAUAAAAUGAAAGAAAUUUCUUUGUUGUAUGUGAUUCUAGUGCUGUAUAAACUUACACCCACUGCAAGUUCCACUGUAAAUAACACUCAGUGUUGUGCAUUUAAUGAAACGGUUCAUUUAGAUGUUCUGUUGGUUUUGUGUGUAAAAUAGCCAAUUCCAGUCCCUCGGUUCCUUUUUUCAUUUGAAACCUUUCUUCUUUUAUUUUUUUUUUUUAUUUGAUCUGUGUCUGGUUGUCACUUGAAAUUGCAGCUGUUCCAAUGGACUUUGUUUUUGUUCUCUCCAUCACAUUAAAAAUCUGGAAGAAAAA